CACUGCGGUGAGUCAUCAAAGUCUGUCUUGUACCAACACCCGGAGCGUGCAUUCCUGUGGCACCAGCACUCCACUGUUGUGAAAGCCGGGGCUGGAGCUGGCAUUUACUGGGCUCCCAAAUCAAAGGCGGCAUUCAUUCCGGAGAGCCGCCCGAAUGUCCGUCUGCAUCCGGCCUCUGCAUUUAGAUGCUGUGCGCUGCCCCGGGAGCCGGGCUGGGUGCAGCUGAGCUGCGGCCGCGAGCCCGGCGCCCAGACUCCCUGCCCUGCUCCCUCCUCCUCCCUCCUCCUCCUCCUCCUCCUCCUCUCCCGGCUCCGCGCGCCCUCCCCACCCCAAGGGCUCCCGCUCCGUUUGCUGCAUUCCCGGAGCAGCUGGCGAGCCUGCCCCUGCCAGGCUGAGCGGGCAGUGCCGGGCCCCCGGCGGCUGCCGCCCAAGAUGUGCCCCCCUCGGGCGCUUCCGCGCUGAGUGUGAGGCGAGCCCUCCAGCGCCUGCCCACCAUGUCGCAGAUGCUGCACAUCGAGAUCCCCAACUUCGGGAACACCGUGCUCGGCUGCCUCAACGAGCAGCGCCUGCUGGGCCUCUACUGUGAUGUGUCCAUCGUGGUCAAAGGCCAGGCUUUCAAGGCCCACCGGGCCGUCCUGGCCGCCAGCAGCCUCUACUUCCGGGACCUGUUCAGCGGCAACAGCAAGAGCGCCUUUGAGCUGCCGGGCACCGUGCCGCCCGCCUGCUUCCAGCAGAUCCUGUCCUUCUGCUACACGGGCAGGCUGACCAUGGCGGCCAGCGAGCAGCUCGUGGUCAUGUACACGGCCGGGUUCCUGCAGAUCCAGCACAUCGUGGAGCGCGGCACGGACCUCAUGUUCAAGGUGAGCUCGCCCCACUGUGACUCGCAGACCGCCAUGAUCGAGGACGCCAGCUCGGAGCCCCAGAGCCCUUGCACCCAGCUGCAGCCGGCCGCCCCCGCAGCCCCCCCCUACGUCGUGUCCCCCUCCGUGCCCAUCCCGCUGCUGACCCGCGUGAAGCAUGAAGCCACGGAGCUGCCGCCGGCCGCCGGCCCGGGCCUGGCCCCCAAGCGCCCGCUGGAGACGGGGCCCCGGGAUGGCACGACGGUGGCGGCGGGUGCCACGGCGGUGGGCGCAGCCCCGCUCAAGCUGCCCCGGGUGUCCUACUACGGGGUGCCCAGCCUGGCCACCCUCAUCCCCAGCAUCCAGCAGGUGCCCUACUCCCAGGGAGAGCGGACCAGCCCGGGGGCCAGCAGCCUGCCCACCACCGACAGCCCCACCUCUUACCACAACGAGGAGGACGAGGAGGACGACGAGGCCUAUGACACGAUGGCAGAGGAGCAGUUCGGCCAGAUGUACAUCAAGGCCACGGGCAGCUAUGCAGUGCAAGAGAAGCCGGAGCCCGUGCCCCUGGAGAGCCGCUCCUGCGUCCUCAUCCGCCGUGACCUUGUGGCCCUACCUGCCAGCCUCAUCAGCCAGAUCGGGUACCGCUGCCACCCCAAGCUGUACUCGGAAGGGGACCCCGGCGAGAAGCUGGAGCUGGUGGCAGGCUCCGGGGUCUACAUCACGCGCGGUCAGCUCAUGAACUGCCACCUGUGUGCGGGCGUGAAGCACAAGGUCCUGCUGCGGCGCCUGCUGGCCACCUUCUUCGACAGGAACACCCUGGCCAACAGCUGCGGCACAGGCAUCCGCUCCUCCACGAGCGACCCCAGCCGCAAGCCUCUGGACAGCCGGGUUCUGAACGCUGUGAAACUGUACUGCCAGAGCUUCGCCCCCAGCUUCAAGGAGAGCGAGAUGAAUGUCAUCGCUGCGGACAUGUGCACCAACGCCCGCCGUGUCCGCAAGCGCUGGCUGCCCAAGAUCAAGUCAAUGCUGCCCGAGGGCGUGGAGAUGUACCGCACGGUCAUGGGCUCCUCGGCGGCCGGUGUGCCCCUCGACCCCGACUUCCCGCCCGCCGCAGCGCAGGUGUUCGAGCAGCGCAUCUACGCGGAGCGGCGGGGGGACGCGGCCACCAUCGUGGCUCUGAGGACUGACGCCGUGAACGUCGACCUGAGCGCCGCCGCCCACCCGGGCUUCGACGUGGCCGAGGAGGUGGACGGGGCUGGCUCGGUCAUCCAGGAGGUGGCCGCGCCUGAGCCGCCGCCCGCCGCGGCCCCGAGCCCCCCGCAGCCCUUCGAGCAGGCGGGCGCGAGCUCCAGCCGGCCACAGACGCCCGCAGCGCCUCGGAGACCGGAGGCGUCCUACGCGGGGACCUUGUAGAGGGGCCGCCGGGAGGCUCGCGGCCGGUACUAAAGCUGCUUGCAUGCGUUACUAAUACAAACAGAUGUGAUCAAGCCACUUACUACGGAACUGCUACUGUUGCCUGAAAAAAAUGUGAUUUUUAUCCUGCUUGUAUUUAAAGUUUAUGAAGGAAACAAAUGCAUUCGUUAUACUGUAAAGGGUUAGUCCGCUGGUGACCUAGUUGCGAGGAAGGUCCCAGGGCUCCUUUGAUACCUGCGAGGUUCGUCUCCAGGCUGUGGGCCUCUGACCCCGCUCCGGGAGGGGCGAGAGCCUGCGGUCCCCAGUGCCUGGGAGCCGGAUCGGGGGUCCUGUGGCCUGGGGCCCAUCUCCCGACCCUCGCUGCUCACUCGGGGGACCCCACCCACCCUUUGGGGCCAGGGGCCAGGGCUGGGCCCUCAGGGGCCAAACUCCUCCUUUUCCCUUAUUCCUGAGACUCGCGGGUCAGGCCUGCCGGGCCGGCCG